GUCGGUGAAUUUGAAUCCGGUUAAAAAUGGUUUUGUAGGCAAUAGUGAAGUAGUUUGGAAAAGUUGUUUUUAAUAGUAUGCGUUCCCCGGGAAAAAAAAUCAGGAAAUAAACUGCACCAGGAAAUCGGACAUGUCACGUCCAUUUUUCUGUUUUACAUUGGGUACAUUAGGAGAUCAUGUCAGUGAUCCGUCACGUCUACAGAUUGAGCCAUAGUUGUUAGCCCUGUUUCAGCUCCUGCUAGAUAGCAUGGAUACCAGCCAGCUGGUUGGAUGGGGAGAGGAGAAGCAGGAGAUCAAGGCCGAGCUCUCCAAGCUGCAGAAUCUGUUAGCUGAGAGCCGGGCAGAGAGAGACGAACUGGAGGCGAGGAACCAGAUUCUGAAAGACAGACUCUCUGUCUCUCUGGACCCGUCUCUUUCUCUGUCCCUCCGACACCGGCUGGACUGUGACCAGCGGGAAUUCAGGAGGAAACUGCGGGAAUGUCGGGAGAGGGAGGGGAGACAGGCCGUGCUUGUGCAGAAGCUCCAGAAUAAAGUGUGCGAGUACCGAGCCCGUUGCCAGCAGCUGGAGCAGCAGCUGAUGACCAAGGACAGCGAGCUACGCCACAAAGAGAUGAGAAUUCGAGAUGAGCACAGUGGCAGUUUAGAGAGCGCCCUCAUCAGGUUGGAAGAGGAACAGCAGAGGUCUCUGGGGCUUGCUGAGCUGAACGCACUCCUGCGCGGUCAGCUCAACCAAUCGUGCGAAGUGAAUGAAGCCCUGAGAGAGGAUCUGGGGAAGCUGACAGCUGAUUGGACAAGAGCCGUAGAGGAAGUGGGACUGAAAGAAGCCGACUGGCAGAAAGAGAGGGAGUUGCUGACAGCUCACAUUAGCCAUGAGCACGAUCGCCUGCUGUCUCUGUGGAGAGAAGUAGUGGCUUUUCGGCGUCACUUUCAGACCAUGAAGACUGCCACUGACAGGGAUCUCUGGGAGCUGAGGGCGGACUUCUCGCGCUUGUCCACGUCCCUGCUUUCCAGCUGGGGGGCGCUCGGCUCCAGCCUUCCCCCAGCCCCCCUGUCCGACGCGUCCGCCCCCUCCUCCCUCCCCCGGCCCCCAGGUCUCACUCUUCAGGACCUCGCCGACGAGCUCCGCGAGAAGGAGCAGGAGGCCGCGACGCUGCGCCUCCAGCACGACGCGGAGAACGAGGAGCUGAGGGCCAGGAUUGCAAACCUCACUGCCUCCCUGCAUUCCUUCGAGCUUGAGAGAGAGGAGUGGGAAACGCAGAGGCAGAGAGACCUGGACAGAACCCGAGAGACAGAAAUGGAUUUGGAAUCAGUCCGAGAAGCCAUUGAGAAGCUGUCAAGGGUUGUCUGCAGUCAAAAGGCUUAUGGGAUGGCUGCAGCUCUGUUCCCAUCAGCACCUUUGACAGAGGAUCUCCCAGCCCUCCUGAGCGCCAUCGCUGAGGCUGAAAGCACCCUUCAGUGGAAACACCAGAAGCUCCAGGAAGCAGAAGUGUGUCUGAAAAAGGCAGUAACAGAACGAAUGAGCGACCGCGAGGCACUCGAGCAGCGAAUCAAAGAGCUGGAGCAGGAGGGGGAGGAGCUAAUGGAAAGGUUGGAGAGAGAAUCCCAGGUGCUGAGAGACGCACAGGAGUCGUUACAGAGUGAGAAGGCAUCGGUGGCCUCCUGCAAAAAACAGCUGGAAGAGAUGGAGCGCCAGACUGAGGAGCUGAGGAGGGAGAACGAGUAUCUGAGAAGGCAGAGAGAGAAAGAGGAGGAGGGGAGGAGAGAGCUGGAGAAGGAGAAAGAGAAAUGGCUGCAUGGUCAGGAGCUGGAGAACACCCAGUACAGCGAGAGAGAGGCCGAGAGGAGACAGGAGAUACUGGCCCUGAAGGAGAUGCUGGAGAAGGCCCGGAUGGACAGAGUCCUGACCGAGCAGGAGAACAGUGAGCUGAAAGACGCGCUGUUCACGGCCCGGGACUCUGUCUGUAGCCUGUCUGUUUCUCAAGACCAGCUAAAGAAGGAUUUGGCUGACUCUCGGGAUGCCUUGGAGAAGAUGGCAGCACUGAAUGAAGUACUGGCUGCAGACAAGAGAGACCUUAGUGCUCACAUGCUUCAGCUGGAGACGGAGGUGACUAGUUUACGAUCCCGGCUGGAGUCUCUGACGUCCGAGACCCUCUGUGUGAGGCGGGAGCUGAAGGCGGUGUCCGAGGAGGCAGGCGAACUCAAGGCCCAGCGGGCCACGAGCAAGGGCUCACUGCGUCAGGCCGAGGAGAGACAAGGCGAGCUGGAGAGAGAGGCUGUCAAGCUGAGAGAGGAGAGGGAGAGAGACCAAGAGAGACUGGAAGAGCUGUCCCGGCUCCACGGCGCCGCCUGUUCAGAGCUGCAGGCUCUGCGGGAGGAGCUGAGCCGGAUCUCGGCGCUCCAAAGCCGCGCAGAGCGGGAGAAGGAAGCUCUGCUCCGGGAAGGAGAAAAACUGGAGGCCGGGAUGAGGAUUCUGGAGAAAGAGAAAGAGGGACUGGAGGACGAGAGACAGGAGCUCAGGUCGCAUGUUGAGUCUCUGCAGGUUCAGCUCUCAAACACCAAUCAGAGGAACUCCAACCUGGAAAUACUGCAAGGCCAACUGGAGGUCAAAGUUCAAACGCUACUUCAGGCAAAGGAAGUUCUGCAAGGUGAGAUCCAAUGUCUGCGCGCAGAGCUGGAGAGCGAGACUUCCCGGGCAGAGCAGGAGCGGGAGAGACUACAGAGGACGACGGAGCAGAGCCGGAGAGAGACGGAGAACCAAGAGAGGGAGAUCCAGAGGCUCCUGCAGGCCCUGAGCACGCUGGAGGACAAGAGGAGGAAGGAGGACGAGGCGAGACAGGGGGAGAGGGAGGGCUGGCAGAGAGAGAGGGAGGAGCUGAGUUCAGAGCUGGGGGAGCGAGACGGGGAGGUGGAAACGCUGGGGAAGAGGCUGGAGGCCCUGCUGCGAGAAAAAGAGGAGCUGACGGCGAGGGACGCCGAGAUCGAAAAGCUCCAGGCGCGGUUGGGAACAGAGCGCAGGGCCAAGGACGAGAAAAUCAAAGAGAUCAAUGAAGACGCCGCCAGGCUGGGAGCUAGAGUGCAGGCUCUGGAGCAGGAGAGAGAAGGGCUGAGGGGCAGAGUAGAGGAGCUACAGGCUCUGGAGGGGCAGGCACGCGCACUGGAGCAGGACAAAGAGGAGUUCUCGGCACGGCUGAGGCAGAAAGAGCUGGCCCUGAGGGACCGGGAGGUAGAGAUCGAGGGCUUAAAGACCAGGUUGCUCGAUCUGGAGGGAGAAAGAGGCAGGCUGGCGUCGGCCCUGCAAGGGAGAGAGGGCCUGGAGGGCAGAUUGGCCGCACUGGAGGAGAUCAACUCAGAGAUGAGGCAGAGGGAGCGAUUGAUACAGCAGGCCCUGAAGGAGGAGGAAAAGAAGGUGCAACAGAGGGCGGAGGAGAUGGAGCUCCUCAGGAGCCUGGGGAGAGAAAGGGAAGACAAGCUAAGGAGGGACCUUGGACAGAGAGACUCCGAGGUAGGCCGGCUGAAAGCCAGGGUGGAGAUGCUUGAAAGAGAGCAGGAAAGAGACAGAACACAGGUGGAAGAGCUCCAGAGGCAAUCCGAGAGUCAGAGGGCCCUCCUGAGGGACAAGGUGGAAGAAGUGGAGAGGCUGAAGGGAAGACUGCACAGGGAGAAGGAAGAGGUGUCCGUAAGCGUCCGGCAGGGGGAGGAAGAGGCCGCGAGGCUGAGGGUUAGAGUCCACGAGCUAGAAAGACUAGCAGAGGGGCUGAGCAGCCAGCUCGGGGAAGCAGAGAGCCAGCUUGAGAGGGAGAGAGCUCUCUGGAUGGAGAAAGAAGAAGAGCAGAAGAGUGCAGUUGAGGAACUUGAGAACGCAGAGGGAGAGGUGAGGAGGCUGAGCGAACGACUGGAUGAGAGCGAGAGGGAGCGGAUGAGAGUUUCUCGGUGCGUCGAAGAGCGGGAGGGAGUGGUGGUGAGUUUGAAGGAGAGAAUGGAAGAGAGGGACAGGGAGAUGGAGAGGAUUUUGGAGCGGCUCGGAGAAAGGGAGGGAGAUUUGGAGGAGCUGAGAGCAAGGUACGAGGAAAGUUCCCGCAAGUGGGACGAGGUCUCCCAGUCCGUCAGAGAGCGGGAGCAGGAGAUGGAGAGGGUUAAGGAAACGGCAUGCAUGAUGGAGAAGGAGCGGGAAGGCAUGGCAUCUCGGCUGAGUGAGAGGGAGACCGAGAUUGAGAGGCUGAACAGGAGAGUUGGGGAGGUGCAGGAGCUCCAGCGAACUUUGUUGGAAGAGAGAGGGGGACAAGUGAAGCUGCUGGGAGACCGUGUGCAGGACCUCGAGGCUGAAAGGGAUCGUCUUCUCGCUGAGAUCAGAAGGAAGGAUGGAGAGGCUGCUGCUCUGACAGACGAGAUUGAGCAAGCAUGCCGAGAGAGAGGGAAGAUGAGUGACUCCCUGAGGCUGCAGGAAGAAGAGAUGCGAGAGCUGAAGGAGGUGGAGGAGGCCAGAUUAUCAGAGAUAGAUUCUUUGCAGAAGCGAGUGGGAGAGAUUAACCAGGAACUGGAGAAGACGAGAGCAGAAGUGCGCGAGAAGCGGCAGGAGAACGCGAAAAUGCGAGAUGGGCUGCAGGACAGCAUUCGAGAGAUGGAAACCUUCAAGGAGCUACUGAAAGGCAGCCACCAAGAAGGGGAGAAGCUGAGGACUCUUUUGAAAGAGAAGACGGAGGAAUUAGUGAGGGGCAGAGAGGAGCAUUUGAGAGUAGCCAGGCGAGAGACUGAGGAACUGAGGAACAGGAUAAAGAUCCUGGAGCAGGAGAGGCAGGAGCUGCGUUCUCAGCUGCGACAGAGAGACAGAGAGAUGCUGAACGAGAAGGAGGCGAAAAGCAGAGAAACGGGCGCCCUCAGGGAAAGACUGGAGGAGGCCCAGGAGGAGGAGAAAAGGCUUAGGGCUGCGCUGAGGGACAGGGAAAGUGAAGUGGCCAGACUGAGGGACACGGCUGGGAACCUGGACCAGCAGAGGGCUGUUUUUAGUUUGGGGAUCACGGAAAGGGACAUGGAAAUUACUGGUCUGAGGGAGACGGCUAAGGAAAUUGAGAGAGAGCUGGACGUACUCAAAGAAGAAAAGAGCCAGGAAGUAGAACGAUUGAAGGAGCGCAUGGUCACCCUUGUGAAGGAAGGAGAAGAGAAACUGGGGAGACUGGAGAGGGAGGCUGCAGUUCAGAGAGAGGAGGGAAGGGAACAGUACCUCAGGGAGCAGCAGCUGCGGCGAGAGAGGGAGUCCGAGAUCGAGCGGCUGAAGACGAUUGCCUCAGAAAAAGAAAGGCGAUUGGAGCUGGUAUCUAAAUCUCUGAAAGAAAGGGAGGAAGAGGUGGGGAGGCUGACGGAGAGUAGGGAAGAGACUGAAAGAGAGAGGGCCAGGGUGUUGGCACGCCUGAAGGAGCGAGAGAGAGAAUUUGAAAGGCUGAGGGAGAGAGUGGAGGCACGGGAGAAGGUGGCCGUGGAAGGCAGCCGACGCGAAGCCCUUCUGAGGGAGGAGAUGGAGGUGGAGAAGCGCCGCAUUUUGGCACUGGAGACUGAGAAAGAGAAGCUGAGGGCCCGAGAAUCCCAGCUCUUGAAAGAAGCUGCAGAGAAGGAUAAUGAGGAGUCGAAAAGUCUGGUCGCUGCGCUGGAACGAGAAGAGAAGGCGAGGGUCACCCUGCGCGAGAGAGACAGGGAGCUGCUGGAGCUGAAAGACAGCUUACAGACCCGGGACAGGGAACGGGAAGACUUCCUCUCAAGGACGGAGGAAGAGACGAAAAGGCUGAGAGGGAGGGUGUCUUCCUUACUGGUGGACAAGGAGGAAUCUGCUCAGGUCCGCAGAGAAUUGGAAGCAGAGGUGCGUGUGCUGAAGGACAGAGCCGAGGAGCUGGUGAGGGACAGAGAGCGGUUGCGGAAGGCACUGGAGAUGACAGAGGGGACUCUAAUCGAAUGGCGUGAGCGCAUUAAGGAGCUUGAACAGGAGCCAAAGGCCUCAGCAGCACCUCAGCUUCUGCAGGAGGAGAAGGACGCCUCUCCACCAGAGGGCGCCUCUGCCCCGGAGAGGCUCCGUGCCAUGCAGCAGGCCGUGGCCCAGCUGGAGCACGACAAAGAGCAUCUGGAAGCAGAGAGGAGGCGUCUGGAGCGGCGCGUUGAACGACUGAAGAGGGAGCGAAGCCAGUUGAGAGAAACCCUGACUCAGGUGGAGGAGGAGAGAUUAAGACUGCGACACCAGCUGUCACACUCGGACUCAGCGAAUAAAAGUCAGGCCAGCUCCGAGCAGGUGCAGUCUGAAGAAGAGCAGAUGGGUAGACUGAGAGCUCGGGUCAGAGAGCUGGAGGAGCAGGUGCAUUACCUCAGAUUAACUCUGGCCAUUGAUUUUCAAGAGAGGGCCGAGUUCAUCGAACGCGCUUCCAGAAACAACCAGUGGUUGCUGGGCCUGAGGCAGGACCUGAGUGACUCUCUGGCACAGGUGUCGAAGAAGCCCCUCCCCUCGGUAAUGGAGAUGGAAACUCAGCGAUUGGACAGGAGUCUGAGGGAGGAGGAGCUCCGCUUGUCCCUCAGCCAAUCGUAAAAGAGCAGGAAGCAAAAAAAGGCUAAGGCAAUUUUGCACUGAAGAUGGAAAUAAUUUAACACCUUUUAGUUGACUUCUCCCCCCCAAAAAACGUUUACCAGUUUACUUACAGCUUCCUUGUUUAAAUGCACAUCCUGUUUCACGCAUACAGUAUGGGUUUUGAAGCACAAAGUCUCUUGAACUACCUGUCAGACACAGAUAACUUAGUUAAUUACAUGUGACUUCUGUCCUCUAACAGUAUAUUCACUAGAGUAUGUACAGUAUAUGAAUUAAAAAAACCUGUACUGAGGCAGCCUGUGUGUACACUUGUAUAUGCUUGACAUAGGAUAUGAUAUUUACUGUAACAUUAAUUUAGAAAGUUCUCAUAAGCUUGAAAGUGUCCUGUAUGAAUUUGUAAAUAGUUUACCUUAUUUAUAUUGUAUGCACAGUACCUUAUAAACCAAUUUAACCCCUGUACAUCCUAAGAUCUUAACAUUUUUUUAUUUUUGUAAUUUAAUGACUUUUCCUGUAAAUGUAAAAAA